AUUCUCCUUAGCAACUGCGGGACCGCGGCGGCGCUGGCCUCCCGGGAGCGACGCCAUAAACUUACCAUACCCAAAGAGUAUUGCACUUCCUCGGGCAUCCAGAAUCCAGCUUCAGCUUAAGGGCCAUCGUGUGGUCUUGUACUGCUGUAAUGAAAGAAAUGCUCCGAUGAUAGUGUCGUGCUUCGGAGCCCAGGCCUCAUUCUCUGGGACUCUUACUUCUGGCUGCCAGUGCCUCCUGAGCUGCCCCAGGCAGUGAACAGUGGAAGCUCCCCUGGAUCUGGAGAGAAGAGGCGACCUGGGAAGCAGGAAUGAGCCAUCCUGACUACAGGCUGAACCUGCGGGCCCUGGGCACUCCCAGAGGUGUGUCCUCUGUGGUUAGCCCACGUGGCGGUGGCGCUUCCCCAGGUGACAGAAAGUCAAAGAACAAGUCCACGCGCGGGAAGAAAAAGAGCGUAUUUGAAACCUACCUGUCCAAGGAGGACGUCUCAGAAGGCUUGAAGAGAGGAACACUGAUCCAGGGUAUAUUGAGAAUUAAUCCAAAGAAGUUUCAUGAAGCCUUCAUUCCUUCCCCGGAUGGUGAUCGAGACAUUUUCAUUGAUGGGGUUGUUGCUCGAAACAGAGCCUUAAAUGGAGAUGUGGUGGUGGUGAAACUACUUCCCGAGGAGCAGUGGAAGGUGAUUAAACCAGAAAGCAGUGACAAAGAAGCAGAAGGUGCCUACGAGGCCGACCUUGCCGAGGAGCUCUGUGGGCAUCACCUUCCGCAGCAGUCCGUCAAAGACUGCAGUGACGGCCCUGAUGUCAUCAUAGAGGCCCAUCUUGGUGACAGCGACUCAGAAGAUGGACACGGCACCGCACAAAAUACGCUGCUGGAUGGUGUCAAGAAGCUCUCCGUUUGUGUGCAUGGAAAAGGAAAAGAGGACGCUGGUGAGCCAGAUAGAAAAGACGACAGUACUUCCUCAUCACAAGACACAAGAGCUUUGUCAGAGAAGUCGCUGCAGAGAUCCGCAAAGGUGGUGUACAUCUUGGAGAAAAAGCAUUCCCGAGCUGCAACCGGCGUCCUCAGACUCUUGGCUGAUAAGAGCAGUGAACUGUUCAGGAAGUAUGCCCUGUUUUCUCCCGCAGACCACCGAGUGCCUAGGGUUUACGUGCCUCUCAAGGACUGUCCGCAGGACUUUGUGAGCCGGCCUAAGGAUUACGCCAACACGCUGUUCAUCUGCCGCAUCGUGGACUGGAAGGAGGACAGCAACUUUGCCCUGGGGCAGCUGGCUAAGAGUCUUGGGCAGGCUGGUGAAAUCGAACCUGAAACAGAAGGAAUCCUAACAGAGUAUGGUGUGGAUUUCUCUGAUUUCUCUUCAGAAGUUCUGGAAUGUCUCCCUCAAAGGCUGCCCUGGACUGUUCCGCCAGAGGAGUUCAGCAAGAGACGAGACCUCAGAAAAGACUGUAUCUUCACCAUUGACCCAUCAACGGCCCGGGACCUCGAUGAUGCCCUCUCCUGCAGGCCGCUCGCUGAUGGUAACUUCCAAGUGGGAGUGCACAUCGCCGACGUGAGCUACUUUGUUCCCGAGGGAUCCGAACUCGAUAAAGUCGCUGCCGAGAGAGCCACAAGUGUCUACUUGGUUCAAAAGGUGGUCCCCAUGCUUCCCCGGCUGCUGUGUGAGGAACUGUGCAGCCUCAACCCCAUGACUGACAAGCUGACCUUCUCUGUGAUCUGGACCCUGACCCCAGAGGGCAAGAUUCUUGACGAGUGGUUUGGCCGGACCAUCAUCCGCUCCUGCACCAAACUGAGCUAUGACCAUGCACAGAGCAUGAUCGAAAACCCAGCUGAGAAGAUCCCCGAGGCGGCGCUGCCCCCCAUCUCCCCGGAGCACAGCAGCGAGGAGGUGCACCAGGCUGUGCUGAACCUACACGGGAUCGCGCAGAAGCUGCGCCGGCAGCGCUUCGCGGAUGGUGCGCUCCGCUUGGAUCAGCUAAAGCUUGCCUUCACCCUGGACCAUGAGACUGGAAUGCCCCAAGGAUGCCAUGUCUACGAGUACCGCGACAGCAACAAGCUCGUGGAGGAGUUCAUGCUCCUGGCCAACAUGGCGGUGGCCCACAAGAUCCACCGGGCCUUCCCCGACCGGGCCCUCCUGCGCCGGCACCCUCCACCCCAGACCAAGAUGCUCAGUGACCUGGUGGAGUUCUGCGAGCAGAUGGGACUCUCCGUGGACGUCAGCUCGGCGGGCGCCCUCAACAAAAGUUUGACCAAAACAUUUGGCGAUGACAAGUACUCCCUGGCCCGGAAGGAGGUGCUCACCAACAUGUACUCCCGGCCCAUGCAGAUGGCGCUGUACUUCUGCUCGGGGACGCUGCAGGACCAGGAGCAGUUCCGGCACUACGCCCUCAACGUACCGCUCUACACGCACUUCACCUCCCCCAUCCGCCGCUUCCCCGACGUCAUCGUGCACCGCCUCCUGGCGGCCACACUAGGCUGCAGGGAGCUGCCCGACGUGGAGCCCGAGGCUCUGCAGAAGCAGGCCAACCACUGCAACGAUCGGCGCAUGGCGGCCAAGCGUGUGCAGGAGCUCAGCACCAACCUCUUCUUCGCUGUCCUGGUCAAGGAGUGUGGCCCCCUGGAGUCGGAGGCCAUGGUCAUGGGUGUCCUGAACCAAGCUUUUGACGUGCUGGUGCUACGCUACGGGGUGCAGAAGCGCAUCUACUGUAACGCCCUGGCCCUGCGCUCCCACCACUUCCAGAAGGUGGGCAAGAAGCCGGAGCUCACUCUCGUCUGGGAGCCAGAGGAGCCCGAGCAGGAGCCGGUGCAGCAGGUCAUCACGGUGUUCAGCCUGGUGGAGGUGGUGCUGCAGGCCGAGGCCGCGGCCCUCAAGUACAGCGCCAUCCUGAAGCGGCCCGGCGCCGAGGGCUGCCUGGGGCCACGGGGCGAGGGAGCCCAGGCCGACCAGGAGGAGGAGGACUGAGCUGCCAGCCGCCCCGCCCACUGGCCUACAGGACGGGACCUUUUCACACCAAAGGGGACUUUUUAUUUGGUUUUAAUCAACUCAGGGGUUUGUUUUAAUUUUUAUUUUUCUGUUUUAUUUUAUUUUGCAGCUCAGUUUUUUUUUUUUUUUUUUUUUAAUGAACUGGAGGGGAAGGGUGGGGCUGGACAGAGGCCGGCACUUCCUGGGUCCCCCUGGAGGCCAGCCCCCUCUCCCAGGCGGCCCUGCCCGCCCCUGCCCGGGAAAGGGCCCUCAGCGAAUCAGUGUCAUGGAAUAAAAUCAAGUGUG